AUGUGGACGUCGCAGGUUGGGAUGAGCGCCCCAACGUGCGAUGGCUAUGCGGUUGCAGAGGGGGAUGGAUUCGUGCAGUCUCUGUUGAUUGGCCGAUGGAAUGUUGAGUCUCGAAACGGUCGCACACACAGGAGUUGUCCCCCGUACCUUCCCCUUGCCCCUCCAUACUUUCCCCAUAUUCCCUCGUUCUUCCCCGUGGCUUCCCCCUGGGCUCCCCCUCAGGGAGAGGCUCUCUAUAGGGUGACGCUGCACAUGGGGUGCGCCAACCUCAAAUUCUCCACCUCCUUCGCUCACCACCUCAACCGCUCCCUCCCUCGCUUUGAGGUGACUUUUGAGUCGACUCAAAAGGCAACGCUGCACGUGGGGUGCGCCAACCUCAACUUCUCCCGCCACCUUCGCUUCCCCAUGCCGCCCUCCAUCCCCCCCUCAAUGCUCCUCCUUCUCCCAUUCCCUCCCCUCUCCACCCUCCCCUCCCCACCGCAGGACGACUUUUGA